UUCUAGUUGAGUCUCCUGUCAUUCUGAAAUUAGAGUCACUGAACAGGAUUUUUUACUAUUCAUAAGUAAUUUCUUGAAAGACUAUUCACAGCUUUUUCUCAACGCAUUUGCACUGGACGAAGUGAAUCCUUUGCCAACAUGGAGCAGUGCAACUUAAUGGACGUCAUGGAGGACCUGGCCUUGGAGUUCACGGUGAACAAGGAAGAGCACCAGCUCUUCAUCCACGACUCACGCAUGCUAUCCUUGGCCAUUCAGCAGCAGUUGCUCCAGGAUGGUGCAGUGUUCAGGAACCAACUGGGACAGCUCCACAAGACGGCCUCCUAUGUGGACAACCUGUGCCUGGAUAUGCCGCUGAACUUUGAGAUCUUUCUGCCCAUCCGACUACCGGAGGCAGUGGUUCCCACCUACGAUGAGCAGAAACGCAGUGUGCAGUUCACCAGGGCCAACUACCAGCACCCGUUCUUCUUCGGCAAUGCGGUGAAUGUUAAGUGUUUGAACCUGCUGCUCCAGCGGGAACUGCAGCGGGCCAUUUCCAAGCUGAAGAGUGCAUCAUCCACGUGCACUGGGCGAAUCUACGACCUCAAGUACUCGGUGCUGAGCCUCAACCACGUGCCCUUCGUCCACCAAGUGGAGGCUCUGGAGCGGGGCAGCAAUGGGCAGCGUUUCAUUCGCUUCGACUUUGUUUUGGCCGUGGAGUUCAAUGGCGCGGAUAUGACACUGCCACCAUACUUCAAGGCGCCGCUCAGCAAUCGAUGGCUUGCGUACGGCAGGAUGACUGUGGACGAGGAUCCCAAUCCGGCGGAGUGGGCUGUGCUGGUGCCCAAGUGGCAGGACUCGUCGCCCGGUGCCUGCCUCAUUGCCCUCAACUGCAUGGUCAUGCUGUUCCGCCUGAUGAGCGCCCAGCAGUGCUACUGCUUCGCCCUGCCCGCCUCCAUCAAGUUCGCCUUCGUCAUGGCCACCGAGGAGCGCGGCCUGGACUUCCAGCGGAUGAGCAUCGCGGAUUUGACAAUCACAACCAUGUUCCACCAGGUGUUUGGCAACCUGUACAAGGCGGUGGCCGGGAACACCAACGGCGACAAGGCCACCAGGAGCAGUCGCCUGAUGGCCAUACGUAAGCAGUUGCUCCGUGCCCGUGGCGUCUACGCAAUGCUGGCGGAUGCAGUGCUGCGCAACUCAAUUCCCAGGGAUUUUGUGAACGCCUACUUUUGGUACAUAGACAUCUCACCGCCGCCGGAAUGUUUCUAUCAGUCGCUGGUCGAAGUCCGGAACACCGAUACUCCGUUGAAGAGGAAGAGAAGGACCUCUUAAGCCUGCCAAAGUUAAAUUGACCAGAACGCUGGGUGGGUUUACUACAUACGAGUAUACAUAUGUAUGUGGAACUUUCAAAUGGGUGGAUAACAACACCAAGGAGUGGCUUCCCUUGUUGAUUUUUGUGAAAUUUGAGCACUACUGUAAAUUGGUCGAGCAGUUUGUGGGAAUCCCCCAAUCCUCCACUACUCCACUACUCCGAACCCCCAAAAGCACCGCCAUCGUCUUAGUGUCAAAUCUCGGUAAUUGUGCAACUUUAAUGCUAAACAAAAAAAACAAAAAUAAGUGGAAAUGCCAGAGCAGUGCUCACACAGACACAAAACACGCACACACACACACACACACAAAGCAGCGCACAGACAGAGACAAAAGUUAA